AUGCUCUGUCAAUUAUUUCUAUAUGCCAAUGUUCGACCUUGCUACAACCUUUCUGGAUACAAAACUCGAUAUGAUGAUGUUGACCUCAUCACAAUCCGUGAAAAUACAGAAGGCGAGUAUAGUGGACUUGAACAUCAGGUUGUGAGGGGUGUAGUAGAAAGUAUCAAAAUUAUUACACGCCAAGCAAGUACAAGGGUGGUUGAGUAUGCUUUUCACUACGCCAAGGCACAUGGAAGAAAGUGGGUAUCGAGCAACAAAGUUUCUAACCAUCACACUGUCCAAAAGUUGGUGUAG